AAUCUGAAAGGAUUUUGUUGUGCCUUUAGAGUGUCGCUGUUAUUUUAAACCGGAGCUGCAGCACACUGGUGUGUCUAUGAGCUCCGACCGCAUGCACGGCUGUGUACAUACGGCUCUCGGCCUCCACCCGGAGAGGACGCCAGCACAAACGGGGCUUUAAUCCGAGGGCCGCGUUAGGACCUCCGGGGCCGAGGGGCAGAGAUGAGAUCGAGCCACACUGUAAUGUGAUGGAGAUGAAACUCUAAGGCCCAUCGAGGCGGUUGUGUGAUUUACAGGCGCCGAAUGAUGUGCUCACGGCCACGCUCACCAGGAAGGGGCCCACAAAUGUCUUUAACAGCUGCUGAGGCGGCUACCGUAACCUCGCAAUGAGAGAAACGGUUACAGGAAAGAAAAAAAAACAGCCCAGUGAGUUAUUGCCUUCCGGGACGACGACAACAAAGACGAUGAAGAUGAGGCUGAUGAAGACGGUGGUGGAGAUGGCAUACAGACAGGAGGGGGUCAGUGAGGUCGUGUCCCGCGGGAGUCGUGACAGAGCCGAGCUUGUGUUGAUGGUCCUGCUGAAGUUCCCAUGAUGUCACCGAACGGCUCCAUCCCACCCAUUCACGUGCCUCCGGGAUACAUCUCCCAGGUUUUGGAGGACAACACAGGGGUCCGGCGGGUUGUGGUCACACCUCACUCUGAAUGUUACCCCCCCAGUUACUCUCCCGCUCUCUCACCCACCCACCACCUGCCGCCACCUUACAUGACACACCCCCACUUCAUCCCCGCCUCUCACACAGCGUACUACCCCCCUGCCAGCCCCGGAGACGUGCCUCCACACCAGUACUACCAACACCGCCUGCCCCCCAUCUACCCAGAGGAGAUCUUUCCCCUCUACAACAUGUCGACGAUCCUCAGCCGUGAGGAAUACUGCAAACCGCAGCCCAAAAAGCCAAAGGAGCGCGCCACAGAGCGUCCGAGCCUGUCCCGGGUCAGCACUCCACCAUCCUCUAGCUACAAGAGCAGCCCCGCCUGCAGCACCACGCCCAAUGGCUACAGCAAGAGCCACGGCACUGCCACCCCAGGGGCAGGAGGAGGAGGAGGAGGAAGUCCCGGGAAUAAGCGUGCAGAGAGGAGGACCAGAGGAAGUCCAAAACACUCAGACAGUGACCAGCAAGAUGCGGAGCUGGAGGCCAGAAAAGAGCAGGACGUACCAUCAGGCAUGGAUAAGCCACAGGUGUUGAAGAUCCAGGCUCGCUCAGCGCUGGUGUCGUGGACUCGGGCUCCUGCAGCUCGUGGUCAGUGUGAUGGAGCUUCAGUGGCCUGCAGUUACGAGCUGCUCCUCGCUGAUAAAGGCUGUGACGGCAAAUACCGCGUGGUGUACAGUGGUGAAGAGCUGCAGUACACACUGACUGACCUGAGACCAGCCACAGAUUACCACGUGAGGGUGAGUGCGGUGUGUAACACUAUAAAAAGUCCCCAUUCGGAGGCGAGGACCUUCACCACUCACAGCGCCCCUCCUGAGACCCCUCUGCCCCCCCGACUGUCUCACCGCACCAAGAGUUCUCUGACUCUGCAGUGGAAGCCUCCUGUAGAUAACGGCUCUAAAAUCACCAGCUACAUCCUGGAGUGGGAUGAGGGGAAGAAGAACAGUGUGUUCAGAGAGUGUUAUUUCGGACACCAGCGGCAUUUUAAGGUCAUGAGACUGUGUCCUGCUGUCAGUUACACGUUCCGUGUGGCAGCACUCAAUGACAUCGGAUCCAGUGGUUUUAGCCCUGAGGUGGUUUUCCACACCACAGGAAGUCUGCCCCAGAUGCCUUUAGCACCGCGCCUGCUGCAGACCGGAGCGUCCUGGGUGGGGCUGGAGUGGAGCCGCCCGAGCAGCUACGGCCCGGACGAGGCGCUUACAUACACUCUCGAAAUGCAGGAUGAGACCAAGGGGGCGGAGUUUCAGGUGGUGUACACCGGUGUGGAUCUGAGCAGCAGGGUGGAAGGUCUGAGCAGAAACACACAGUACAGGUUCAGGCUGAUGAUCUGCAGUGCAGAGUGGAGAAGUUCUCCCAGCUCCAUCCUGGUGUGUCGGACCAGCGUGGACAAACCCGGCCCCCCCACGGCCCCCGGUGUCAGCGCCGUCACCUCGCAUGACUUCUGCGUGUCCUGGGAGCCGCCUCAUGACGACGGAGGCAGCGGGGAUCUCUUGUACCUGCUGGAGAUCUCUGAAGAGAAUUCAGGAGCAGUGAGUCAGUGGGUGGUUGUGUAUCACGGGCCGCAGAGAGAGCACGUGUGUAAGGACCUUAAAGCGUCCACUCAGUACUCAGUCCGCAUCAGCACCGAGAGCACGGGGGGUCACAGCCAGUACACAGACAGUCUGGUGGUCUGUACUCUCAGUCUGCCCCCAGGUCCCUGUCACACCCUCACUGUUAAGGGCAGUGUCAAACACCGAGAGGUCAGCUUACAGUGGGAAGCUCCUGUGUGUGUUGUGGAGGAUGACACUCUGCACUACAGUGUGGAGAUGACCUGCCCAGGGGACGAUGCAGAGGUCACUGAGGUGUUUAAUGGCUCACAUUCCGAGUGUAUUGUGGGUAAUCUGCUGCCCGGUGCCACGUACAGUUUCAGAGUGCGAGCUGCCAACGAGGCUGGGUUCGGUCCAUACACCAAAUUCCUGGAGGUGACCACUGCAGCAGGACCUCCGGGCCAGUGUGGGGCACCGGUCAUCUCCCUGACCUCACACUCCAGUGCAGUGGUCAGCUGGGUGACGGAUGAGAGCUCAGGUGCGGAUAUCUCGGGCUACCGGCUGGACUGGGGACGCGAUGAGGAGUCUCUGGAACUGGUUUACAGCGGCACAGAAACUUCCUGUGAAAUCUCUGAGCUGGAGGCUGCAGUGAACUACUGCUGUAGGAUACAGGCCACAAACCAGGCAGGGGUGGGGCCAUACAGCGAGCUGGCGUGGUGUCGUACUCCGGCUGCCGCCCCCAGCGCCAUCAACAGCCUAUACCUACAGGAUGGGUUUCCCUCAGCCCCAGACAUGGAGCCGUUCUGUCCAUCCACCUGCCUAGCGCUGGCAUGGGACGAGCCAAACUGCAACGGUCAGAAGAUCACUGGCUACACCCUUACUCUGGGGGUGGAGCUAAUAACUGUGGGUGGGGCUACCUGCACCAUCAUCAGGAAUUUGCAGCCUGAUACAGAGUACAGUGUGCAGGUGAGGGCAGAGAAUGCGGUUGGUGCAGGUCCAUUUGGGCCGAGUCUCCUGGUCAGAACCAGGCCGCUGCCCCCAAACCCUCCGAGACUGGAGUGUGGCAGCGCUGGACCGCAGAGUCUGAAACUGCGCUGGGGCGACAGCAGCAAGAGUCCAAACACUGACACAGACACCACCUACAUUCUGCAGAUGGAGGACAGGAACCAGAGGUUUGUUCCGAUCUAUCGAGGACCGAGUCACACGUUUAAGGUCCAGCGUCUGAGUGAAUUGAGCCGCUACAGUUUCAGGAUCCAGGCGGUCAGCGAUGCAGGAGAAGGUCCGUUCUCCGAGAUCUACUCCUUCACCACCACCAAGUCUGUGCCUCCUACACUGAAAGCUCCUCGAGUGUCUCAGCUGGAGGGGAAUUCGUGUGAGGUCAGCUGGGAGAACGUCCCCCCCAUGAGAGGAGACCGAAUCACUUAUGUGCUCCAGGUGCUGGGAGGCAGAGAGUCCGAGUACAGACAGGUGUAUAAGGGAGAGGACACGGUCUUCCAGCUGUUCGGGCUGCAGUGGAACACGGACUACCGUCUGCGUGUGUUUGUGUGCAGACGCUGUGCAGACACCUCGCAGGAGCUGUGUGGAUCCUUCAGCCCGCCCACUCACUUCUGUCCUCGCCGCGUCGUCCAGUCUCUCGGCGUGGACACGGGAUCCAUCGCCUCGUCCUCCACCAAAAAGCUCACGGACGAGCAGUUCGCCAGCAUCAUCGUAGUGGGCGUGGCCUCGCUCUCCAUCUUCAUGGCGUACCUGCUGCAGCUCCUCAUCUGAGACGUGAACGCGGCUUCCGGAAAAUCCUUCUGUCUUUUUCAGAUUCUUUUCCUGUUUUUUUUCUGUCGCUUUUUAUAUGUUUAAACUUUGUUUCUUUGUUGCACAGAUUUUUAAACUACAAACUUUACGUAAAGUGAUAAAUGAAAGUAUUUUUUAUACGGUUUCCAUUUUUUUUUAAAAAAAGAAAAAAGUUUCUAGAUCAGAGUGUGUGCUCGGCCCCCGGACGCUAUCAUAUCAAACCGUAAUGACUUCGUGUUUUUAUACUCUUUACAAAGUGUUUAUGUUACAGCUUUAACACCACAGCCGUGAGGGCGUGUCUGCAGCCGUGAGGGCGUGUCUGCAGCCGUGAGGGCGUGUCCUUUAGCGUUCAGUCACGCGUUGAAUCCGUUAGCUUCCGUAUCCUCACUAAAGCAGCAGAUUGAUUUACAUUGGCCUUUUAAACUGAAGCUGUUUUUACUGUAAGGAGAGGAGAGGUGCUGCAGUACAGGUACAGAGUCUCAGUCGGAGCUCGUCGUCUUUAUCACGCUCGUUAAUGACCGCUCGUUAAUGACCACUCGUUAAUGACCGCUCGUUACAUCAUCACAGUUACUGAGAAUCGCUUCACUUCCUGUCAGGGACUUUCUCUCUGAAUCUCUGCAGACGUACAGAAGUGUGAAAGGGAAAGUGGACAUCUAUCAUCAUCAUCAUCAUCAUCAUUAUUAUUAUUAUUGUUAUUAUUAUUAUUAUUAUUAUUAUUAUUAUUAAUAUGGUUAUUAUUAGGUCCUUAUCAACAGAAGCAGCCUCCUGUUGGCCAAAGACAUUUGUUUCGUGUUCUCUUGGGCGAUUUAACAGCAAACUGAAGUGUGAAUGUUCGCAGCUCAGGGACUGAAGGGCCCCCGACCGAUCUGGGAUCAGUAAAAGCUCCAGUCUGAGAGAUCUCCUGUGCACAAAGACUUUUUUUAUUAUUUUAAACAUCACAUUUCAACCUUUCUGCUCUUUCAGAGUUUCCUGGUAGUGUUUAACUUUAGCUGAGACUACGUUAAUGCAGUACAUGAAAAAUGUUUACUAGCUCAAUCAGACCUUAACCAAAGUUAGCAUGUCAGCUAGCAGGUGAGGUUUAUUUAUACGAUAUAUUGCAUACAGUACUUUAUAAUGCAAAUCACAGUGCAAUCUUUUGUUUAUUUAUUUCUUUAAAGAAAAUCAAAUGAACUGUCAUAUUCAAUAUUUUCCUCAUGUAGCAUGUCUUUUUUUGGUUAUGAUGAAUUUUUUUUUUCCAAAUAUAGAGCAAUAAUCUUUAAUAUUAACCUGUUUGUUUCCUCAGAUAUGUGUAUUGUUCAGUCAUACGCUGUUUUUACUCGAGUUUAUUUCUGAUUUAAUUCAACAAAUGCUGAUUUCUGUACUACAGUCUACCAGUUUUUUAUUUCAUCUCUGAUAAGCAAGUUAAAGCCAACCUUUCUUAUUUUAUAUAUAUAUAUAUAUAUAUAUAUAUAUAUAUAUAUAUAUAUAUAUAUAUAUAUAUAUAUAUAUAUAUAUAUAUAUAUAUAUAUAUAUAUAAUAUAAUAUAUAUAAUAUAUUCCUUAUCUCUCUCUGUGUCUCUCUGUAUUAUGUGUCCAGUCUCCGGCGGUCACACGUCGAGGUCUUCCAACAUUCCACAGUUUUUUGUUUUUCCACGGUGCGACGUGACGCUGUGAGCUGACGUCAUAACGAGACGUAAAACUUGAAGUGGAAACACUUGAACACUUUUCAUUUCAAUCCCAAAAAAAAAAAACAAUCCAAACCCAGUUUUAUUUAAAAAAAAAAAAAAACGAAUGAAAAAUUUUGACAUUUUCAGGUCAUUAAUUUAAAGUUUUUAAAAAAAAUCACAAUAAAAGUCACGGACGAAGUCGAUCAGAAUCAUUCCACUCUGUCAGAAUUAUAAUCAUGUCACAUUUAUUGUUGUAAUUUAUAAUCAUAGGCAUUAUAAAAAUCCUCACCAUAUCAGUUUAAUGUAUAGAGUUGAAGUAAUACCCUUUGUAUUUAAGAUGAUUAUGUAUCUGUAGCAUAUAUGUAAUAUAUUUAUACACAAUAAAUUUUAAACAUUUCUGAAUAUGAAUUCA